GCUUUGGUGCUUUAUCACUGGUGUCCCCAUUGCUAAUUAUAUAAUUUUUUUAUUUUCAUUCAUUUUUAUACAUACCGGUUCUUUAGUAUUAACCACAUUUCUGCAGUCUUUUUAUUUUUUUAUUUACCUUUUAUUCUUUGCCACAUGCUCCGUAUGUUUAAUCUCUGGCAAAAACAUGUGGCCUAUCUCCUUCUGCCCCAAAAGAACACGACCUAGAUUUUUCCGCAGCAGCAUUCAUCACAGCAGUCGUUAGAGUCUCUCCACGAGAGAUGAUAUUCACAUAGAACGUUGAGUUUUUUUGUCUUUUUUUAACAAAAUCUUAAUCUAUGCUCCAGUAACGCAAUUGGUAGAGCUUUAUGUUAGUAAUACAACGCCCGUUGGUUCGAAACCCAGAUAAAACAUAACUAGGCUACUGAUUUAAUCAUGUAUAGAUUAAAUGCACUUUUGGAAAAGCGCCUGCCGAUGCAAUGCCUCAACAAAUGUAAAUACAAAAAAGAGCCGAUAUAGUUUGAUCUAGAGCAGAAUGAGCUAAUCUGUUAAUUUGCGUGCACUGAACCGACAGCAGCUUCUCACCGGCAUCCACCCGGUCCGGUGAUCAUGUCCGUUAACGGCAGAGAGGGAGCUCCUAACGACACCACGGAAAUGAAAGACAGGUAGAGUUUAGUGAGUGGCAUUAUGAAGGCCGAUUUGGAGGCUGGGAAUUGCAGUGCUGCAAUCCUCUGUUCCAAUGUGUGUCGAUCAUAUGGGAAACUUAAAGUCCUUAACAACCUCAACCUCACGGUGCCACAGGGCCAAAUUUAUGGGCUGCUGGGCCCAAGUGGCUGUGGGAAAACUACACUGUUAAAAUGCAUUGUUGGAACUCUGAAGAUCUCUCAUGGUCACAUCACAGUGUUAGGGAAACCACCUGCAUUCCCAGGGCAUGAAGUACCAGGAAAGAUGGUGGGGUACAUGCCACAGGACAUAGCUUUGUACAGUGAGUUCACUAUUAGCAACACACUAUGGUUUUUUGGUCGGAUCCAUGGCCUUUCAUCCAAAGACACAGAGGCCAGAAUAAAUUUCCUCAUUGACUUCUUGGACCUGCCACAGAAAAACAGCCUCGUCAGAAAUCUCAGCGGAGGGCAGCGGCGGCGUGUUUCUCUUGGAGCUGCUCUCCUCCAAAACCCACAACUUUUGAUCCUGGAUGAGCCCACGGUGGGAGUGGACCCUGUUCUCCGGGCUAAGAUAUGGCAGCACCUGGUGGAUAUUGUUAAAGAUGGACAGGUGUCUGUUAUCAUUACGACACAUUACAUUGAGGAGGCCAGACAAGCCAAUACGGUGGGUUUGAUGCGAAGUGGUCAAUUGCUAGCUGAAGGUCCUCCUGAUGCUGUUAUGAAGCAAUACAAUGCAGCAACAUUAGAGAGUGCUUUUUUACAACUUUGUGAGGACUCUGAUCAGAUGGGGUCCAAGCAGAGUCCUCACAGCUGCCUGCUGGAGAGCAACCCAUCUCCAGACAGUGUGAGUGAUGAAAGUCAUGAGCCCAUACUAAGAAAGAGAUCAGCAGAGGACAUGCCCAAAUUUCAAGCUGACUGGAAGGUGCGUGCCAGGCACGUCAUACCAAAAUGGCGUAACAUUGCAGCUCUGAUGAUCAAGACAAUGAUUCGAAUGAAAAGAAUGCCAGGGUCCCUGUGUUUCCAGUUUCUCUUGCCUGUAAUUCAGAUCUGUCUGAUGUGUCUGUGCAUUGGUGGAGAUCCCAAAGACAUUGAUGUGGCUGUGGUCAAUAACGAAAGCAUCUCCAGCGGCUUCAGCAAAUCACUGCUGUCCUUCCUUGACAACACAAGUGUCCACCAGGUGAGCUUGUCUUAUUCUGAGGCCUUUGCUGGCAUCCAUAAUGGGGAAUAUUGGGGAAUCAUAGAGUUUGGGGAGAAUUUCACCAGCUAUCUAACCAAAAGAAUGUUACAGCCUAAAGUUUCCAGAGAUGUGGUUGAGGGAGGAUCUGUGCAUGUUUGGUUGGACCUGACCAAUCAACAAAUUGCCAUAAUGCUACAGAAAAAGCUUCACGAGGCCUUUGAGGCUUUUAUCAAGACAAAACUGGGGAGUCUGUCAUACAUGGUGGCCAGCCCCAUAAAAUUUGAAAAACCUAUAUAUGGCAGUGAGAACACAGAUUUUACAACAUUUGUGACACCAGGAGCUGUUUUGAGCAUCACCUUUUACCUGGCAGUAGGUUUGACUGCUCUGUCUUUUGUGUUGGAAAGAAAGGAGGGGCUGCUGGACAGGUGCUGGGUGGCAGGUGUAAGUUCUUUGGAGACCAUGCUGGCCCACCUUUUUUCACAGCUCUUUGUCAUCAGCGUUCAGAUCAUCCUUUUGCUGAUCUUCAUUCUGCUGGUCUUUAAAAUUCCUAAUGAAGGAUCUUUGGUUCUAGUGGUUUUAUUGAUUGUGCUUCAGGGUGUGACUGGAAUCUCGUUUGGAUUGGUCAUCUCCUCUGCUAUUGAUGACGAGCAGUCAGCCAAUCAGGCGGCUCUUGGAAUUUUCUACCCUAACCUCAUCAUUAGCGGUGUCAUUUGGCCGGUCGAGUGCAUACCAUAUCCUCUGCGUUAUUUGAGUCUGGUUCUACCCCAGACUUAUGCAUCUGAAGCCCUGCGCUGUAUCAUGUAUAGAGGUUGGGGUUUGUCCCGUAUGAUGGUUUGGCGAGGGUUUGCUGUCACUCUGGGCUGGAACACAUUCUUCCUCAUGCUGGCGACUAUCAUUCUGAAGUUGAGAAGUUGAGAGACAGUGCCAAGCUAAAAGUGCUUUAGAUUAGAGAUAGCGGCAUCAGACGACACACAGGUUUCAUCAGCACAGCCUAUGGAAGCCUAUGGAGUGUGUGCCCGGACAAACUGAUUGAAAAAUCAUUGACAUUUAGAUCUACAAAUCUGAGCCGCAUUAAGAUGCCAUUUUUCCAGGAGUUGGUAAUCAGGACUGAGGACCAUCAGCAUGAAACUCAGGGCAUCUAUUAACCAUCUAAGAGAUCAGACACAGAUUUCAGCACAUCUUUGGUCAGAUAGUAAUUACAAAUGAUCAUAUCACGUGUCACUUAUUUUGAGUUUCACAUGGGCUUCAGACGUUUUAAGAAAGGCAAAAAGCAGUCACGCAAAAAGAACCAAAACUCAAUUAGUGGAGUCCAUAACUUGGUUACUGGGGUUUGCCAAAUGUUUAUUUAAGCACAACUUUCAUACUCUUUCCCUUGGGUUAUGUAUUGUGUAUUAAAUGUACAGACUAGCUUCUGUGUGCCUGAAUGUUUAAUGCCUUGUGUGCCAGUAUACCUUAGAUAGCAUAACUUGCCUACCUGCAUUGCUUUGUGGAAGCCUGUAGUUGCCCACCCUUGUGCCCCUUCAUUUAUAUAUA